GAUGAACGCUUUUGCGGCAGAGCCGGACGCGUCGGUCGCAGGCGGUCCUGCUCGUCGUGCGGGUGCAGCGGAGACAACAGCACGUCGUGCGCCCGGCCCACUGGAGCCGCCUCGUCUGCAGCCUCUGCUGAUCGGGCGUACGGAUCGAGCGGCAGCUGCAGGCCUGGAGAGGCAGUCCUGUCGCGCGAGCGGCCGCGCUUGAGCAGGCGUGUCCGAUGUGGCGGCGUGGUGCCAACCGAGCUGGCUUCAGAGUACGACCAGUCGCCCUCGCUCGUCCACGACGGGCCGCGGUCUGAGCUCGCGUGGAUAGUCGACGUGGCGUCGUCGCUAUCCAAGAUGUCCCCUGGCACAUAUGUAUCGGCGCUCGAGCCAGUAUAUUCGCCGUCGAGCUCCUGGCUCCCGUCGAGGCUGGAGCUCUCGCUGCGCAUCAGUGCGCGCCGACUGUUGCGGUACUGGUGCAGAGCGUCGCGGUAGCCGUUCCGCUGCCGGCCGUCACUCCGGGAACCCGAGGCGCUGUCCCCUGAUGACGAACCUUCGUGCCAGGUCUCAUCCGCCGCCUCCUCAUCCUCUGAGCUCAGCUCAUCCUCCCACAUCUCAUCCGCGUCGUCGUGCUCGGUGUCGAGCACAGGCCCCUCGCGGCCGUUCUGCACGCCCGCUCUGUGAGGGCGCGCUGCGGGAUCAGGAGACACCGAGCGCCGUCGCGGAUGAUGCGCUGGCUCUGACGCUCCUUCAGCGGCCGGUGUUGUCUCCGCACCGUGGGCCGCACCGGCUGCGGAUGUCGCUGUCACCGCCGUGCGAGGCGACACAUCCCCGACCUGCUGCUGAGCAUCCUGGCUGCCGCGCGAGCCGGGCGUGCGAGGACUGGACGGGCCGGCCGUCGGAUGAGCAGCGCGCUGCGGGUCUGAUGACAUCAGCUGCAGCGCUGCUGCUGCGUUGCAAGCAGGCGCGAGGGCGCUGGCAGAGGACAGGGCGCGGGUGAGGUGGUGAGGUGGAUGGAGAGCGGCGCGAAGGCGUGCAGGUGGAGGCGGCCCUCGCUGC